UAUUUGUCAGUUCUUCUAAGCACUCUACAGGAAGCUCGAUGUGACCGCUUUUUCUUGCGCCAGAUCUCCCCUCUAGGAAAACUAGGCAAUGCUGCCGAGAGUUCCAAAGGAUGGUCGGGAAAUGUUUAAAAGUUCAGGAGGGACUUGCUGAGCUUUUGUUUCACCACCUCGUUGCAAUCACUGUCGUGGUUUUCUUAAAGGUGCACGAUUUUCGUUAAUCACCUAUUGUUUGCAAAUCAAUGGUUAAGAUCAACAUCGUUCUUUGUCAUGACCUUUGUGUUUUCCGUUUAAAGACAAGAGGCGCAGUUCCGGUGAACUUUCCGAGAAAAACCGGAAGUGCUUACAGGCAAAAUUAAGCGGUUACAAAGCCGUUGAGCUGUUGUGGUUGGAAGCAAGUAACAAUUCAUUUUCUUAUCUAGCGGUUUUCUUCUCCACAGUUUCACUCCAUCGACUUUCAAAACUUUGAAAAACAACCAUGUGGCUUUGGGAUUGGUUGGUACAAGACGACACCUUAACAGGAAAACUCCGAGCUUUCUCGGUGAGGCAUGUGAAGAUUUCUGAGGAAGACAUGACUCGCACCAGAAAGUUAGUGAAAGACUAUAUUGAGGACCGGAUCAUGGCGUACUGUCGACAGAAUUCCGAGCUUCCGAUACUGAAUUUGCAGUAUACCGGCAGCGUGUACGAGAGACUGAAAACUGAAGCUGCCGAUGAAGUAGAUGUCAUGGUAGUACUGAAGACGUCGAAGCCUUGGUUUUGGGGCGAUCCUGAGGUAAUGAAGGAAGAAACAGGCUUCCCAGGCUACGUGCGACUCAAAGCAACCGUGGACUCGAAACUUCGCAGAUAUGUUAGUUCAGAGGGGUACAUAAUUCCCGGACGACUCCGCGAGCGCUGGUUCUUCAGUCUUGUUUCACGAGCAGUUACAGAUUUAAGAGUAAAUUCGCCGGGGUCCAACCUCGACUUCGUUGUACGUCAACAUGGGCCUUCUGUUCAACUGGAUAUCUUCAGCAAAGAAACCGGGUGGAAGCUUUUGUCAGCGGAUCUCGUCCCUUGCUUUCAAAUUGGGACGGAUGAAUAUUUCGUGGCAAAGCAACACACUAGAGACGAACGGCUUUGGAGGCGGUCAUUUUCACUGGAGGAAAAACGGCUGCUGAAGUGCAUGGAUAAAGAUGACCAUGGUUGCAGACACGAGCUCCUGAGGAUUGUGAAGACCAUCGUCAAUAGGGAGAGAACAUCUCUGGGACAACUGAGGUCAUACUACCUGAAGACAGCCUUCAUGCACUACAUCAAGGAGAAGCCUUCCAAUUGGAAUGGAAGGAAUUCACUGGGGGAACACUUUGUCGGAUUCUUGGCUGCAUUGCAGGCUUUCCUGGAGAAAAGAAACCUGCCAAAUUACUGGCUUCCUGAAGUAAACCUCUUGGAUGAGAUCCCCAACCCGGUGGUUGUUGGGAAUAUGGCGUAUCGUCUGAAACGAAUCCUCAACAGCGAAGUAGAGCGAAACAAAAUACUUGAAUAGCAGAGAGGACUCUAUGAAUGAACUUAUCGUUGACACUGUUUUAGUUGAGUGCUACUUGUCAUUAAAUUUUCAUUGAGUCCAUCAAAAAUUCACAUACAAUUAUUUUGCCAAAUCAGUUAUUUGGUAAGUCCUUUAAAAUUUGUUAUAACCAAGGUUGUAAGUGCUAAAUAAUAACCACUUCCUAUUUCAUUCAAAU